AUGAUGGAAGAGCUGCACAAGAGCAGCAGCAACAGCUCCGUGACACCUUCCCAGCCUGCAGCUGUACAAGGUACAACCCUACAGGCAGCUCAGCUCUCUCAUAUUGCCCAACAGAUGUCUCUAAGAGGUCCUGCUCCCCUGACAGUUGUUCAGCUUCCUGGAGAACAAGUCCAGGUCCAGGGGGUCAUUCAGACAGCUCAGUCCUCUUCUGUAAUCCACUCACCCCAGGUGCCAACAGUGCAGGUAUCCCUGUCUGAGAGUGAAGAUUCCCAGGACUCCUCAGACAGCAUUGGCUCCUCACAGAAAGCUCGAGGCAUCUUAGCCCGGCGCCCGUCGUACCGAAAAAUUCUGAAAGAUCUUUCUUCUGAAGAUACACGGGAUAGAAAAGGAGAUGAGGAGAGUCCUGGGGUCUCCACUGUCACCUCUAUGUCCGUCCCCACGCCCAUCUACCAGACCAGCACUGGACAGUACAUUGCCAUUGCUGCCAACGGGUUGCAGCUGGCCAGCCCGGGGGCAGAGGGGGUGCAGGGGCUGCAGACACUCACCAUGACCAACACGGGGGGUUCCCAGCCCGGGACCACAAUCCUGCAGUACGCGCAGACGUCGGACGGUCAGCAGAUACUGGUGCCCAGCAACCAGGUGGUCGUGCAGACUGCCUCAGGGGACAUGCAGACCUACCAGAUCCGCACCACCCCAACCACCACCUCCCUCCCUCAGACCGUGGUGAUGACAUCUCCUGUCACUCUGACGUCACAGACCAGUAAGACCGAUGAUCCGCAGCUGAAACGGGAAAUAAGGCUGAUGAAGAACAGGGAAGCUGCUCGGGAAUGUCGUCGGAAGAAGAAAGAGUAUGUGAAAUGUCUGGAAAAUCGAGUUGCAGUCCUGGAAAACCAGAACAAAACUCUAAUUGAAGAGCUAAAAACUUUGAAAGAUCUUUACUGUCAUAAAAGUGUGUAAGAAAAGGAAGUAAAACUUCUGGGGACUGUUCAAAUUACAGAGGAGAAUCUUUUUUUUUAUACUGAAUUUUUUUAAACUAGAUGAAAGGUCAAAAAUGAAACUUUUCUACCUAGAUUUCACAACGUCAAGACUCUAUAGAUUUUAUUUACAACAUGUUGGUGACAAAGUACAAAAAGGAAACAAGAAAACCUCACCCAAAUUCCUGCUAGCACAACUGGAAAACUGUACAAAGCCAAGAUUGCAUCUACAGUACAAGGACAGUCACGUUUGACAAGGCAGGUGAUGAGAAUUUUGUUGAAAAAGUCUAUAAAUUCCUCUUGUAAAGGAGGCAACAUUUGGUGACA